AUUUGAAAACUCUUAGUGUAAAAAAAAUAAUUUAAUUAAAAAUCAAUCAUAAAAAAAGUUUUAUUAGAACUUUUGAAUUAGGAAUUAUCAAUUCGGUGUGAUUAGUGAAGUGAAAUUCUUUAUUUAUACCACUUGUUACAAAAUAUAUCGAUGUUUUAAGUGAAAUGGUGUUCCGUUAAUUGUAAGGUGCAAAUCGAAAAGGAAUGCGAGCGGAUUGGAGCACAAGGCAUCACAGCACAACAGUUAUCAUCCAAAUGCCUUAAAAUUACAAAUUCAAAAAUGGGUAGUGGCUACAGCAGUGCCAACAGCAGAAAGUGGUCGAAAAAGGAAGCUCCAAACCCGGAGUCUUCGAGGAUCCUCUUCCUUCUGUACCUCAUACACAGAACCUGGAAUGUCGUAGUGGAACACAUGGACUCGAAAAGCGGAAGAUGGCGUGGUUCCCACACCGUACCGAGCUCAGGCGAGGGGCUUCGCCACUUCGACUCUGUCAGCUUAGACUCCGGGGGCUCCUGUUACUCAGCCUGCAGCUGCAGUUACUGCCGCCUGAGGGACUGCGCUCAGGAUUGCAUAAGUGAGCUGACUCUACAAGACGGGAUGGCCAAUUGUGGGGGCUGGAGCGAAGAGCCUGUAUCCAAGGAAAAGCAAAGACCACCGAUUUACAACCCAGAAGACUACGCCACCUCGCUCAAGAAAUGGGGAAAGAAGAUAGGAACUGGCAGCUUGUACGACUUGGAUCCUGGACAAGACCCGACCAAGGCUAGGACACUUCCCACACAGGGCAGCAAAGAUUUCCGAAACCCAUGUCUCAGUUUGGGAGAGGAGAUGAGCCUACGACAGUUCGGAACUCCCAGCGAGCUGCUUACAAAACUAAGGGCCGAUCUUAGGCUGUCUUUUCCAAGUUUCGUGCAAGAGUUUGCGGGCGAGCCUCUAGAUGGCGUGACCCUUCUACUGGAACUGCUGCGCAAUAUACAGCUGAGUCAGACGGGGGAGACCGUACGGGGUCCUCCAGCUGUGAGACGCAGGCCUUUGCUGGACGAACUGGCUUGCCUACAAUGCCUUUGGAGUUGCUGCAGUAGAUAUUCAGACUGCGUGAGAAGACUGAUGGCUGGUUCCAACGGAGUCUAUGCCCUCACUGUCUGUAUCAUGUCUACCGUUAACAAGACUAGAGUCUUGGCGUUACAGCUUCUCACCAAAUCCUGCUACCCACCAGCCUCGGGGCACAGCAUGAUUUCCGAAGCACUGUCCACUUUACGUCUCCGUUUUGGUGAACCAGUGCGUUUCAGAUUCCUGGUGGGAAUGCUCCAAAGUGGGGGAGGUUCUGGGGAACUGCAAACAGCUGGUCUGGCUUUCAUUAAUGCUCUGCUAUCCAGUGCGCCAUCUCCUCAACGAAAGCUUUAUAUACAGGCUGAAUUAGAGCAAGCUGGUUUCGAUAUAGUCACUUUGAAGAAGAUUGUAAUGAAACUGCCGAGCACUAACGAACAAGUAACAAAAGAGAUAGAAAGUUACGAGAAACAGCUCAUUGAUAUCGAUACCCUCAACGAGAAGGCGAAUGAAGCAGUAAAAGAGAAGGAUGAUCUUAGACACAAGUUGGAUUUAUUGGAGAAAAGAGUUAAGAUACUACAAGAAGAAAAAGGAAUAUUGUUGUCAUUAGAGAAGUGUUUGCAAGAAAAAUGCUGUGAAUUGCAGGAAGAAGUGAGCACUCUGAGGUCUGAACAUGGCAAUUCAAACCGAAAGAAGACUUUCGUGAUAAAGAAAAAAAACUCCGCUCACAAAAAUAGAGACGAGUCAUCACCACCAGAAGAUGAAGGUAUUAGUUCCUCAGAGCGGUCACUUAGUCCUGAGGGCGAUCCACAAAGAGAAUCAAUGGUUUACGAAGUUUUUAAUAUAAAAAAUGAAACUUAUGACCUAAUGCGAAAUAAACGACCUUUGCACAAAAAACUAGAAAGCACUAAGAAGACUGAUUUAAAAUUAAAAUCUUCUGACGAAGAUGAUGAAACAACUAUAGAUGAGGUUAUACAGGAGCUAAGAAAUAUUGUAAAUCACGCUGAAUCUGAACAAUAUGUAAGAGACAGAGCUUACGACGAUAGAUCAAGAUGUAACGAUGAUUCAGAAAUUUCUCUACAUGACUACCAAAAACACAAGACUAUCGAAAAAGAAGAUUCAAUAACAAGCACUAGGCACAGCAUUCAAAUAAAGAACAACACAGAUAUAGACGAUGAUAAUCAUGAGGAAGAGGAAGCAGAAAUAGUUCCCAGUAAAAUAUUACCUCAUCCACCUAGAAAGGCGAAAAGUCUGAUUCAUUUAUUUGUACCACCCGUAGAACAUGGACUGUUAUACAGCAAAGCACCAGACAUACAGGACGAAAACUUCUAUUCCAGUGAUGAAGGAUCGGACUCUUUACUGAGUGCAUCGCGUUGUCAGAAUAAUAUAACUAAAAAGAACUCUACAACCAGUUUUGAUUUUAAAGAAUGUCGCGCUAAAUUUGACAGUGCAGAACGUAAUGAAGAUAAAGUUAAACGCUCUAGAACCAGAUCAAGAGAAGAAUAUCGUAUGACGUCGGUUAAACGAAGCGAAUCUUUCCAAAAUUCUGAAAUUGGAUCUCGUCAACGCGAAUAUAUUGAUAGUAUGUUUUAUGAAUCACAAAGUCAAAGUCCAAUCGAUCCAAAGAUACAAACACCAAAAUGUAAUCGUGUUGAUGAAAUAGUGAACCUUAUCGAAUCAAAAAAGUUGACUAAAAGCUUAGAUAGAAUCGACGAAGGAUUGAAUUCGAUGGUUAAUAUCAUAAUGACGAAUGAGCCAAAGAAAUCAUCGUGGCAUGAAAAAAGACAAAGAUCAAUAUCAAGAACUAAUAGCGAAGCUGGGAAUGAAUCCCCGCUAAUACCUUUCACGAGAUCGAAUAACAGAGUUCACACAUACAACUCAAAAUCGUCAAGUUAUCAAAGCAAAGAUGAGAAUAAAGAGCACAAGUUAUUGCCUACAAAACUAAGCUCGGGCUCAUUUGACACUUCUACUUUUAAUCACGCGUUCAUCAUGAAACGCGGGAGUACUGCAGGGCUGUACUCUGGCACCCAUAUACUUAGAGAUGCUCCAGCUAGUAUGACGAGUUUAGUCAUGACAGGAACGCAUAGCUAUAGCGAUUUGAAGAAAACUGUCUCGUCAGUUGGGUCUUCUAGCAACUUUGGUUUACAUAAAGUAACGGAUAUGCCAUCAGGUCUAUACUAAUUUGAUGAGUAUUUUUACCGAUGACAACGCGAAAAUGUUAUUGACACGCUUAUAUUUGUAAUGGCAGCGUAGUUCCCAAACAGAUAUACCGACUCCAAUGCUGUUUCUUUUGUCGGUGAAUACCCCUAGAAUGAGUAGGAGCUAUAUUAUAUUAGGUUAGACACCAUAGAGUCAUUUCCUGGACAUAAAAACUACACAACGGAUAUCACCCGUUAUAAAUUGCUUUGGAUCGACUCCAUGAGGGAUUUAUUAAGGAAAAUAAUAAAAUUUGGGUAGGUAUUCUGUAAAUGGAACCGAUGCCAAAUUUAGCGUUUUGGAGUUUUUAAUUUAAUGCUUGUAUAGAGUGUAACGCAUAAAACCAACGACUAAUUUAAGUAGCGUGUACCUAACUAUUUUGUCUAGUGCAAUAUUAAUAUCAAUUAUAACCCAAUUAUUGGGAAUGUACGUAAAUUGUAUGAACGGAAAUAGUUCAUACAAUAUUGAGCUUAUUUUAUUUAUGCCGGCCAAUUAUUGGAACUAUUCGAAUUCGUAAGUUAUAUAGUUGCACGGUUAAAGUCAAACAAAACUAUAACAAGAGAUAAAAUAUGGUCAGACAAAACCUAAGAGGACUGAGCCUAAAUAUUAUGGUCUCAUAGAAUUGAAAUGAAAUGUUCCAUAAUAAAUUUUAUUAGCCCAGAAAAUUGAGGUUGAGGCUGAUUUCCUUUGUAUCGAAAUUAUAUAAUGUUUGUUGAUAAGGCUAUUAAAUCUUAGUAAUUUUGUGCCUAUACAAAAUUCACUUAAGGUUAUAAAACUUUACAUCAUUGAAACUUAUUUUACAUCGUUUUUUAUAGAAAUUGUCUACGAUGCUAAAAACUCUGCGAGAAACACUUUAAUUUAGUUGUCUCGUAUGUAUUAAAAGUUUUAGUUUAUUUAUGUUUAGUCUGUUUGCAUGAUGUAUCAUUAUCACGUUAUGGCCUGUAUAUAUUAUUAUAAUUUCUAGGAUAUCUACUGUUCCAU